GUGGGGGAAAGAGGGAGAGAGAGGAGAGUGUGUGAGAGGGAGGCGGGAGGACAAUACAGAGAUCAUAGAUGCUCUCUAUUCUACCCCCUCUCUCCAUCUCUCCCCACCCCCUCUCUUUUCUCUCCACCCCUCUCUCCCACUCCCUCCGUCAUUCCAUCAGGUCCUCACAAACACAGAAGUUCAGGGGGAAGACAGCUCCCGUACCAGAGAAGGAAAGAUACCAAAGAAACGGAGAAAGAGAGAAAGAGUGAGGGGAAUAAAAAAAGAAGUGGUAUUAACAGUGGAGGACAAGUUUUGGAGGAGAGGAGAGCGAAGGGAGAGAGUGGUGGUUUUGGUGGGGGGUGGGUGGGUAGCGUUCAAGGCUGCUCCGUCUGUCUCCUCCAUCCCUCCAUCUCCGUCGCCGUGGGUUCACAGCUCUCCUUCUCCCUCCCCCCCUCCCUUGCUCCCUACCUCCCCCGCUCGCUGCUGCCGGGAGCCUCCGAGCUGCUGCGGCGGAGGUCGUCUCGGAUGGAGUCGCCGAGAGACGUAGGAGGAGAGACGAUGGAGCGUGGGGAGCGGCCGGAGCGGGCCGAGCCACUGACCGAUGCCGAGCGGGAGAUCAUCCAGAACACCUGGGUACACGUCUACGAGAACUGCGAGGACGUGGGCGUGUCGGUCCUCAUAAGGUUCUUUGUGAACUUCCCAUCGGCCAAGCAGUACUUCAGCCAGUUUCAGGACAUGGAUGACCCAGAGGAGAUGGAGCGCAGUGUCCAGCUGAGGCACCACGCCCGCCGGGUGAUGAGCGCCAUCAACACGGUGGUGGAGAACCUCCACGACCCAGAGAAAGUGUCCUCUGUUCUGGCUCUGGUGGGCAAGGCGCAUGCUGUCAAACACAAGGUGGAGCCUAUGUACUUUAAGAUCCUGUGUGGUGUAAUGCUGGAGGUGCUCUCGGAGGACUUCCCAGAAUUCUUCACAGCAGAAGUGCAAAUGGUGUGGACCAAACUGCUGGGGGCGGUGUACUGGCAUGUGACGGGCGCCUACACAGAGGUUGGCUGGGUGCAGCUCUCCAGCUCGGCAGUGUGAGGGGCGAUAGCAGGGGAGUGCAGGGCUGUAACGGUCUGUACGGAUCCUGAAGGGGAAGUUUGGUCUCUGUAAUGACCCUGUCCAAGAAAAAUGAAGGGAACAGGGAUGGAGGAAGGUGAUUUUUAGGGCUGAGACUGUUCAAAGAAUAUCUUGUUGUGUUCAACUUUUGGGGGAGUCAUUCCCCUCUCCCUAUUGACUCAUUGUGUGUACUUUACUGUAUAGCCCCUGAGGUGUUGUCUGUAUAGCCCCCGAGGUGUUGUCUGUAUAGCCCCCGAGGUGUUGUCUGUAUAGCCCCCGAGGUGUUGUCUGUAUAGCCCCGAGGUGUUGUCUGUAUAGCCCCCGAGGUGUUGUCUGUAUAGCCCCCGAGGUGUUGUCUGUAUAGCCCCCGAGGUGUUGUCUGUAUAGCCCCCGAGGUGUUGUCUGUAUAGCCCCCGAGGUGUUGUCUGUAUAGCCCCGAAG